AAACCUCGUUUCAAACUUAUCAAUGAUAAUCAGCUGUUCCUAAUGAGUAAAGAAAAUAAGAAAUACUAAUCAAAAAUAGUAGUAAAACGUCUUCUUCUUUUAUUCAGCAAAUAACUAACGAAAAUUAGCUGUGGUGUCUAAAAGUAGUAAAAUCUCACAGAAGUGGAACAACGUGCUAGUUUCUUGUUUAAUUAAAGCCAAAAGUUUUUUUUUUUAAUGAAUGCGAUAAAAAAGACUAAAAUGCCUAACAGUAAAACCCAAAUACAAAAAGAGCAAAUUUAUCACAAAAAAAUAAAAAAGUUUACAAAGACAAAUUGGAACAAAAAGCCGCAGGAUGAAUUUUGCGACCACGUCGUGGAAAAUGUUAACAAUGAAGAUAAUUUUUAUGGCACUCCUAGUAAUGAAAAAAAAGAAGGGAAAAGAACCGCAAAACGAAAAAUGGAUAAAACCAUUAAAGCACCGGUAAUAACUUAUAAAAAAUGCAAGCCAAAUGAGGAGGCGUUAACCAAUAAUAAAUUGAAACGUCCUGCUCUGGAAGAAAUAAACGACCUCAAGGACACAUGCAAUCUUUUUCACUCGAACCUAUUCCGUUUGCAAGUGCAGGAAAUGUUAGCUGAAGUGAAAACUAAAAAUAAAUACUUAGAGUAUAUUAACACAUUUUUAGAGAAAUUUAAAAUACUUCUUAAAAAUCUACCAACAUCCGACCGCAAAGAAAACGUGGAUUCUAUAUCUUGGUUACAACAAAGUACUAUUAAAGUUCCUUUGAAUUUGGCGCCCCUAAAAGUGAUCAAACAAAAAUUGUUUAAAUUUCAGUACAUCCAACCGAAUAAAGAUCCUUUUUUAAUCGGAGCAGCAGCAAUACACAGUCUACUUGGUCCUGAAAUACAAGCUGACAUUUGUGUUGUGAUUCCACCACAAAGUUUUCAAAAAGACGACUGGCUUAAUAUGCUAUAUGAUCAGAAAAGAGCUUAUUACUUAACUUACGUAGCCCAACAUAUACUGAAAAGUAAGGACUUUGAAGAUAUUGGAGAAGAAAAUCUAAAAUUUAACUAUUACAAUAACAACCCAUUGAAACCUGUGCUAGAAAUAAGACCAGUUUCCAAGUUAAGUUCCAAACUCAGCAUACGCUUACUUGUAGUUGGAGAUGAGAGGAGUUUCAAGCUCAAUCGUUUUGUGCCAUGGAACAAUAAUAUCAGGUUGUCGCUGUUCGAUGAAGAGGCAAAUGACGAUUCUGUACAAUUUGCUACACCUAAUUAUAAUGGAAAUGUAUUAUUUGAUAUAACAAUGGAGCAAAAUCAGAAGUUAUUACGCGAAGUUUAUGAAAAUCGCAAAAAUUUGCAAGAGGGCCUGACACUGCUAAAAGUUUGGCUACGUCAACGGCAAUUAGAUAAAGGUGUCAACGGUUUCAACGCUCACCUGUUGACUAUGUUUAUAGUGUAUUUAUUUAAACAGCGAAAGUUGCAUAUGAACAUGAGCAGUUAUCAAGUGGCGCGUAACGUCUGGAAUCAAUUAGCAUUUUCUAGUUGGCAUGAAUCCAAUAAAGGUCCCACUCUUUGUUCUUCAAUAAACAUUAAUGCCAAUCAACCGACAUUAGAACAAAUGCAUGCCUACUAUCCCGUAGUUUUCAUAGACGUCACUGGUUAUCAUAAUCUAUGCUUCAAUGUCACACUGGAUAUUUACGAGCUUGUCCGUUUUGAAGCUAAACGGGCGGUUCAAAUGCUGAAUGAUGUGAAGUUAAAUAGUUUUCAAUUAUUAUUUAUGAACAAGUUUCCUCUUUACAGUCAAUGUGACCAUAUUUUAAAGAUUAACAAAAUAGACGCUGUAGAACAGGUAUUGGAUAUGCACGUUGCACCAGCUGAUAAGUGUAAUUUUGCUGGUCACACUUAUCCUCAACUACUUAAAGUGGUGACCAGACUCCUAAGCAAAGGUUUAGGUAAACGAGUUCAAUUUUUAAUACCUUUGCAACAAGUUGUACCCAGUUGGUCCAUAGUUGAACAUCCUGCGACGAGUUAUGAAUAUUUACAUUUAGGUCUAAUUUUAAAUGGCGAGCAAUCUUUAGAAAUACUAGAUAAGGGUCCUGAGUCUUUAGAUGAGGAAGCCUCGGAAUUUCGUAAAUUUUGGGGCAAGAAGGCCCAACUUAGACGUUUUCAAGAUGGCACGAUCACCGAGGCGGUUGUGUGGGCUUUGGCAAAAGAUGAUCUUCACAAAAAGCGUUUAGUCACACGCUCAAUUGUUUUACAUUUAUUGCACCACCAUUUACAACUGGAAGCUAAGGAUGUGGAAUAUAUAGCUGGUGAAUACGAUGUAGUUUUUAAAAUUAACAAUGCUUACAAAAUGGACAAAAUUGUGGAAAAGUAUGGCAUACAUCCAGAUACCGACGCCGAAGCUUUAUCCUUACGAGUCAUUCGCGAGUUUGAUAAUUUAGCCAGGAAACUAAUUAAUCUAAAAGACUUGCCGUUAGAAAUCGUGUCUAUUGCAGGAAUAUCACCAGUUUUACGCUACUGCGAUCCUCAGCCUAUAUUACCGACAGCCCGCAAUAUUCGACAACAAUUUCAUGCCACUCAAAUACAACAAGGAAUCAUACAGUUAGGUCUAAGUGGUAAAUGGCCGACGGCUGAGCUGACGGCUUUGCGUGCAAUCAAAACGGCGUUCUACUUACAAAUUGGUAAACUUCUACGGGAGCAAUAUCAAUUGCCUACUAAAGUCACUUAUGAUGGUAUAAUGGUGCUGCAUCAGGGCUAUUGUUUCAAUUUUGAAAUAGCUCACCCUAGGGAAGUGGGUUUACUAAAACGAGAAAAAACCGAGAAAGGAGUAACAAAGUAUGUAGAUUGUACAGCAAGUAUUGCUUUAGAAAAACGUCACUAUAUUUUGCCAAAAGUAGCGGGAGCUUUAAAAGCCUUAUACCAGAAACACAACAGUUUCGGUCCGGCUGUUAUGAUUUCAAAACGUUGGUUAUAUUCUCAACUAGUCGAUGAUUGUCUUUGGCCCGAUGAAUGCACUGAGCUAUUAAUAGCCUCACAAUAUCAGAAGAAGGCUAAUUCAUUAAUAACAAAUGCUCCACAAAUGGGCUUCAUACGUUUUCUUCAAUUAUUGGCAACAACUAAGUGGAAAACUGAAAUGAUUUUAAUAAAUUUUAAUGAUAACAUGGAAGUUUCAGAAAUUACUGAUUUGGAGCAACGGUUUAAUGCAGAGCGCGACGAUUUUCCGCCCCUUUGCAUUGUUACCAGUUAUGACCAACCACAUUACGGUAAUAUAUGGUCUUCGGCAGACCAACCAAAUCCUUUUGUGUUAGCCAGGGUUACACUUUUGGCUAGACAAUGCUUAGAAUAUUUGGAAAGAUCUUUAAUAUCCCCCGCGCAAUUCAUUAAGCCGUCCAGACUAUUUACGCCCUCUAGUGAAGGUUACCAUUUAAUCAUACAAAUUAAACCGGAUAAUGUAGCCAACACUUUAGCUCACGACUUCGGUUCAGCAUUUGUAGAAUAUUCUAAACCUAAUUGGCGUCUAUCGUUGGCUGGUACGAAUUUUCUAAAAACGGCUGUGGAGCAAUUAAGGGAAGCCUACUCAGAUUACGCUGCCUUCUUCUACAACCCUUGUGGCGGAAAAGAAAUUGCAGUCAUUUGGAAGCCGGGUGUAUUUGAAAACAAAGAGUUUAAAGUUACUGAUGUGCAAGCCUGCUCCUUAACAUCGGCCGGCAAGCGGAUGCAAGUCAACCAGGAUGUAUUAAUAGAAGAUUUCAAAUUUAUAUUAAAAGAUUUCUAUUUACGCAUUGGUUCUGUAGAAAGUGUACGAGAAGCUUCUUGUAUAUCCUUUACAAAGCCAACAACGAAGCGUUACUUCGAUUGUCAAGCAAUGGAUGCUAUCGAGCAGCGAAAGGUUAUAAGCACAACAUUUGCCAAGUUUCAAAGAGCAUUUUGAUGGCGAGAAAAAAAUGAGAAAUUAAAAACGUUUAUUGUAUAUACGAACAUAUUGAACACUGAAUCAGAAAAUGUAUACAAUACGAAUUUUGUACAAAAC